AUGAUCUCAUUAUAAGAAUAGAUGAAAUGAUUCAAUUAUAAGAGUAGAUGAAAUGCUUCAUCAUCAGUACGCAUUAUUAUUUGCUUCCUUUUUAUAUAUCUUUAUAACGAAACUUUUGAAACACCGAAGUAAAAGACGAAACAAAACAAAAUGUCAUGCUGAAGCAAUAAAAAAAUAUGGUUCAACGUCCUAUUUGGAUUUUCCUAUUUUCUCAAUAUGUCGAGGAUUAUUUAACAACAGUGAGUCUACUCACCAAGAAAUCUUUCUCGUGUCAGGUGGGGGUGGUGGCGCAAGCUAUGGAAUUCCGAAUCGUUUGGAAUGUUAUCAAUUCACCUCAAAAGGUUUAGAAUUGAUUACAUCUCAUAUCACCCUAGGAAUCAUAGACCAUAUUACAUUUAAUGAACCAAAAGAAUUUUUCUUUGGAUGUCAAAAGAAUAAAUGUACUGUAUUCUGUUUCGAUACUUCUACUCAGAGUAUCAAAUUCUUAUGCAGUUGGGUGGGCGUUUUGACUCAUGGAGAUCAACCGAAGGAAAAACAUAAAAUGUUAAGUCUUGAAUGUUGCGCUAUUCAUCCAGAAGGAACCUUUAUUUCCACGUACGGACAAGAUAGAAGGCUCUGCUUGUACUCUUUCGAGUACGAUAAGGCGUCAUUUAAGACCGUCAUUAAACAAGCUGCUUGUUUAAAAAACCUUCACACGUCUUCCGUCACGCAAAUUUCUUUUUCAUCCAAUGGACUCUACCUACUGACGUGUUCUCGGGACGGAAACUUGUGUGUUAACCAAUUUAAAAAAACGGAACCUUAUUCGAUAACCGUACUAUACAAAUGUCACAUUAAAACACUACUAAGUCCUCAUCUGGAUUUAGCGACUGAAAGUGUUUCCUAUAUACAUCCACGUUCACUUUUAUGGAUGACCCAACAAAAUAAUGCCACCAACUCGCAAUCUCCGUUGGUUUUUGCGCUUUCGUCUUCAACAAAUUUGGCCGUAACAUUUUUAUCAAUAAUAGCCCUGAACGUUGAAACUGAUGAAUCCUUAAAUGCCCCCAAGGUGUCUUUAUGUGUUGAAUUCAAUUUGAAACAACGUCAGUGCCGUAUGUUUAACCGAAUAUGUUCAAAUGCCGACACUUCCUGGGUUGCUGCUGUUUCCAAUACGUUGUUGUAUCUCUACACAUUAAACAAACACACACUUAAGCUUUUAUUAACACAUCCUCGGUCUCUUGAUCCGUCGGCUUGCGAGUUUCCAACGACUGGAUGCAUCUUCUUGCAAACUUGCCAAACAGUUGUUAUAACUUCUGGAGAUUACAGUAUAACGUGCUUCAAUUUACCCAAGCUUCGAAAAAACAACACUACAUACUCUCUUAUUAAAAGAAUAUUAAAAUUAACUUUUUCGUUAAUUGAAAUAAUCGGUCUAUCUGUAUUCUUACUCUUAUGUGUUAACGGAUUUCUUAAAGGCUAUACAGCUCAUACCGACCUAUAUGAUUUGCCUUACAUCAAACAAGGCGUACCCGUCCAAGCUCUAUGUCGGCUGUCUCUUUCUCAAUUCAUAAGUCGAUUUGUUAGUGGAACAUUAAUUCAACUUCCGCCUUCAACAAAUUCAACUUUAUAAUUUUAUCCUAUUGGAACAAUACAAUCAAAAUGACUUUUUUUUAUUAAACGGAAAAGUGUCUCUACACUAAUAACCAAGAGUAGAUCAAAAGUUUGUAUCACUUGCGUUUAAAAAAUCAUCUGUAACAUUUUUUUUGUAUAAAUGUUGACUAUCCAAUUAGUUUUAAAACAUUUUUUUGAAUUUGAUAAAUUCUUUUUUAAGGUUUUAAAAUUUUUUU